AUGAUCAUCAGAUGCUGCGGAGCGGCAGGAUACAACGACUUCGAGUAUCGUGAAAUCCCAUUCUCGUGCCGAAAUCACGUGACCGGAAACAACUACAUCAACGGCUGUGCUGAGGAGAUGUCUAUGUAUUUGGAGUCAAAAACCGGAUGGAUCGCUGGCAUCGGACUCGUCCUCUGUCUUCUCCAGAUAUUUGGAAUCCUGUUUGCCGUCUGUCUCUGCCGUGCGAUCAAGAGAGAAGCCAAAGACUACCAAUAAAUCCAGUGCCUACUGAUCUUUCGAUGUAGCUUUUCUACGGCUGUGAGAUGACAAUAGUGACGUGAUUUUGAGUGUUGCAAGUGUAUAAAGUCUCUGAUCGUCACCAAAUUCCAUCCCGAUGAUGCAGAAACCGUCUUCGUUGGAAAACGGUGUUCUUUAUCGAGUGAGUCAUGAGAGCAGCUGAUAAGAGAGCAGGAAGAGGACGAAACGUUUCCAACGACCGGAAGUGGAUGCGAUGGAACGCCAUGACUCUCUCAUCUGGUCUCAUCUUUUUUUCCUAUCUGAUGCCUGUUAUUAAAUAAAAGCUUAUCCUGACCUU